UUGUGUGCUAACCUUAAGCCCAGCCAAUCUCUUAUUGGAGAAGUCAUUCACAAAUCCUUCAAUGACGUCAGCGGGGUAUAAAACGGAGCAGGAGGUUCAGCUCAGCCACAAACGAGUCACUGAAUCUGUUGCGCUUGGUCACUCUUUCCAAAGGGAAAAAACUCUAAGAAUUCGCGUUUUUUUUUUGUUUUUGCUACUAUGAGGGGAAACCUGUGAUUUAUAAAAGGACUACAAGAACAUUUUAGUACUGUUGGCACAAAGUCUCAAACAUCUUUUCGCUUGUGAUGCCCGCUGGGAUGUUUAGUAUCGACAGCAUCUUGGCAGGGAGACCCAGCUGCAAGGACUCGGUUCUGCUCCAUCGGAAUGCUCCGGUUGUGUUCUCCAACUUGACGGAAUCCUUGUACACAGCAGCUGGCGAUUUUAAUGGACUGUACUCACACACAGGACCUCCAGCUCCAAACUUACAAUCGAUGAAUGGAACCAGGAUAGGCUACAACAACUACUACUAUGGACAACUUCAUGUCCAGGGGCCGACUGGACCAGCUUGCUGUGGCGCAAUACCAACCCUCGGCUCGCAACAGUGUCCGUGUAUUCCUACAGGUUACGACAGCGCCGGUUCAGUGCUUAUUUCUCCAGUUCCACAUCAGAUGAUGUCGUACAUGAACGUGGGCACCUUGUCCAGAACCGAGCUACAGCUACUCAACCAGUUACACUGUCGGCGCAAGAGACGACACCGAACCAUAUUCACCGACGAGCAGCUGGAGGCACUGGAGAACCUUUUUCAAGAAACCAAAUACCCUGAUGUUGGCACACGAGAACAACUGGCACGAAAAGUGCACCUACGUGAAGAAAAAGUUGAGGUUUGGUUCAAAAACAGACGAGCAAAAUGGAGAAGACAGAAAAGGUCUUCGUCAGAGGAGUCAGAAAACUCACAGAAAUGGAACAAAUCCAUGAAAACAGCCACAGAGAAAAUCGAGGAAGGCAAAAGUGACGUGGAUUCUGACAGCUGAUAAAUAGAAAAUGAAACCGGAAAAUCUUGCACAAAUACGAUUCGGACUUUAUGUACAUAUUGUAAAGUACCAUGUGAGUAGGAGUAAAAAUGUGUUGUCAUGCUGUUGCACAGAUGUAUAGUAAAUGUUAUCUUUAACGAUGAUAUUGUUAUUUAUAUUAAUUUAAAUUUACACAGACAAAAUAACGUGGAUUCUGGCCAUAUAAUAUUACCUGAUAUAUACUGAAAAGUUUUUAAAGUCUUGUCGUACAUAUACCAAAAUAAAAUGUUCUGGAAUGGGCUGUAACUGACAUGUACGAUGGCAGGACGAUAAAGUUUGACAUUGAUUAAAUCAACGUUUAAUGGCGCCUAAAAAAAAAAAAAGAACAUAAGCAAUUAUUAAAGUAAUAUCUCAAAAAAAGUUUGAUUUUUCGUAUUUAUUUAAAAUGUUGCAAGUAUUCUCUGAGAGCAUUUUAAUUCGCCGAGUCCUCUUAGGAUUUGCUGAUUAACAGCAUUUGUUAAACGAGGAAUUUUCUAAUUUAGAUGUUUAGUAUAAUUACAUUUUCAUAAAAUUUAGACAUCUUUAGUUAGACUCGAGAGGCUUUAUAUUUUCUCACUAUAAUUUACCUUUAUGCCUGUGGGUGAAUAAGAGAUAUUAGAGCACACUGAUUGAGAACAAAUUGAACUUGAUAUUGUCACAGAAUGUCUCUCUCUCUCUCUCUCUUUUUAAAUCUCUUUUGAUAAGUUCAAAAGUCAAAUCAUCAGAGCUGAUAAACGGCCUGAAUGUCAUAAUUUUUUAUCUCCCAUAUUAUCUUGUCAUAAUCGUCCGGUUACGUCACAUCAGGCCACGCUGAUGAAUAAUCAUCAGAGGAAUUACAUGAAGUAGUAGGCCUAUUGAAUGGUGUAAAAAGUACGAAGUAUUUUUUAUUUAUUUAAACUGUUUGCUUGCAUGUAUUUAAAGGUAACAAAGCAAACAGAACCACACUUUUUUUUUUUUUUUUUAUAAAUAAUUCAUUUAUUUUUAAAACAGAUUUCUCUCCCGGGUAUUUACAUAGCUUACAUAUGUAGGCCUAUAAUUUAUGUCUAUCCCUAUUUAUUACUGUGCUGAAAAAAACAAAAACAAAAAACAAAGUGUGAAAAGACGCUACAUCAAACGAGACAUCUCUGAGAGAAAUACCGUCAACAUUGGUCACAUGUUAUCUGUUAUUGUCUCUGAUGUUACGAUAAAAACAAACAAACAAAAAACAUAUAUUAUAAUAAAUUGUAGUGAAUUAAAUUAAUGGAUUAAGCCAGCAUAACAGUUUCACGACAUUUGGACGCUAUAAUGCGUUUAUUCAAUGUUGUGUUGUCGCCAUAUGUUUACACUGCACUGUCUAGCACUCAACAGGCCUAUAUAUAUUUUCUUUUUAUAGUGAGUUGAACACAUCGAAGGCAAUUUAAGUUACCUAUAUUUUAACCCGGAAUUGCAACUGUGACAGUGUGAUAAUGUUAUUUUGUUGCUCAAACAAGCUCAUAAAAUGUUUUAGAUGUCAGAUUAUUUUUACAUUUUAGCAUAUGUAAUAUUUUUACAUAUUAGCCAAGUUUUGCAAACAAGUGGCGACAUUUAGGGUAUAUAAUUGUACCCAAAUAAUAAACCCUAAAUGCCAUUUACAUUUUUAAUUCCAGUUAACUAAACCAAUUUCAAGUCAAUGCCAUUUUAAACCAUGGUAAAAUGUUCUCAGUCCCUGAUUUAUUUUUUUAUAAUAACAAUAUUUAAGUAUUAUCAUUAUAUUAUAUUUGCGACUAUUAAAAUGUAUUUGUCUGCCCCUAAAACAAGCUAACGGUUUCCAUGAAAUAGAGAAGUCCAAAUACAUCAGCCCUACAAACA